AUGGGCCUCCCUGUCAACAGCUCCAUGAAAAAUGUUACUGAGCCGAGCAAUGAGUACCCGUUUGUGGGGUUGGAGUUUGAUAUCUAUCGGAAUUCAAGGCAAAUGGUGGAGGAUCCAGACGGCGGUCAUGUGGGGAUUGACAUCAACUCCGUCAACUCUAAUAUUCCCAGGCCUCGGAAUAGUGGUAUUCUUGAAGGAAAAGUUAAUCGUGCUUGGAUUCGUUAUAAUUCGAGCUUGAAAAAUCCUAAUAUUGCCUUCACCGCUUAUGCUAAUGACACCCAAGAGCAAGUGAUUAGUUCUCUCAGUUACUUGGUUGAUCUAAAUAAAUACUUGCCGGAUUGGGUCGUUGUCAUCUUUUCUGCUUCAACAGGUGGUGCUACUGCUUCGCACAACAUCACCUCAUGGAAUAUCACUCUCGAGGUCGCCUAG